UGACGACGUCUCUAGGCAACGCAGACGCAGUCUUUACGUGAACUAGUUAGUGGCAGCAGACGAACAUUUGCUAUAAGCGAACACUAUAUAAAAGUGCAGUUGUAUAAAAUUACAAUCAUCAAACAUGAAACGGAAUGACCAAAUCGCGCCGGGUGGAAAACUACCGCACUGGAGUCAUUGCACAGAGACCGGGCUUGACAGAGUGCACGAGGAAUCAUGCUUUGGCAAAAAAAGACCUAGCGACCUCAACGGAUUAUUGAGAAAGCCGAAUACGCACAGUAUUACCGCAUAUAUUCAUGAUUCAAAACCAAGCAAAAAUGAAAUCUCAUAUGGGACAGUUCCCGACAGCGCCAAUCCCGCUUUGAACCAGAUUGCGAGAUAUAUGGAAGCUGAAAACAUCAAACGCCAGCUCGGUGAAAGAAGAGCACAGGAAUGCUACACGGCGGCCUCUAUCCAGGAAUAUAAUGAGGCCUGGCCGAAGCCAAGUAAAAUACCUGCACAGUUUCAAGAUGACCGCCACUUCGCGGCAAACCGUGUCCGUAGCCAAUACGUGGCCGAAGUGAGGGAAUGCUAUUCUUACAUCUCCGAACAGUAUGACCCUGUUUUACGUGAUAGAGAUCUAGAUAAUAGACGCCAGAGUCUGCUUGAAAAGAAGAUGAUAGAAAACGAAAAUAAACAAGCUGAAAUGAGAAGGGAAGCGGAGUUGGAUUUAGCGAGACAGGAGUUGCUGCAUAAAAAAGAACUCGAAAAAUUCAAGAAAAGACGUAAGAAGAAACACUCUGAAAGCGGCCUCACCGCAGUGCUUUCAAAUGAGAGCCAAGCUGUGAUGAAAUAUGACGAAACGAGUGUUGAUGGGAUCGAUUCAGUUGCCCAUUUCUCGCCUUGCACAGGAAAACAAGUGGUUAAACAUAAUGAUGUAAAUAAAGGUCUUUAUAAGAAACAUGAAGCGCAAGAAAACAACGACGAUACUAUAAACAUAAAGGUGGAGAAAUAUGCAAAUGCGAAGAAUGCCUUAAACAAAAACCCAGACGUGUGCGGAUAUGAAAACGACAUGAUCAGAAAACUAGAUGGAAACGAAGUAAGAUUUAAGAAAGCCUAUUACAAAAGUCCUGACGUGCAGGGAUAUAAGAACGAGAUGAUCAUAAAAAUAGAUGCUGUAGAUGAUUGCUUGGAGAAAGCCGAUAACAAUAACCAAUACGAGCAUGUUAAUAAAAACGAUGUUACCAGGAUGUUUGAUGUGAAAAAAGCCUUUAAAGAAAGCGAAAACAUGGUGGAUUAUGAAAACGAUAUUGUCAGAAAACUUGUUGCAAAUAUAUGCGAUAUAAAGAAAGAUGAAAAGAUUAAUGCGAAAGAAAGUGAAGUGAGAAAUGACGCUUUAAACAAAAUAGAGGUUCAUAGAAAUAAUGUAAAUGAAAGUGUAGUUAAUACAAAAAUUGACACAAGUGAGAUUGCUGCUGCUCCUCUUUGUGGGAAUCCGGACUGGACACCGGAGUCUAUGAUCCAACGCAUUAGGAGGUUAAAUCUGAAAUACCCCAUGGGUCACAAUGGCACGAAAACCGAACCAGCUACGCCAAAGUGCGAUAAACCGGAAACAACAAGCUACGCCAAUACCGAACCAGCUCCGCCAAAAUGCGAUAAACCCGAAACAAGAAGCUACAAUAGGGCAAGAAGAUAUAAAUUUAUUGAAAGCGGACCUGCAUUCGAUUUUGUGAAGAAUUGCAACUAUGUACCAACCCCACCGGCGUGCAAACCAAAGGAAGAUUUAGUGUCAGUUGCUAAAAAUGAUACUGACUGUAUUGCAGACAACACCAUUCAGCGAAUUAAAGAUGACCUGAAAGCCAAAGGCGAAACAGAGCUCAGGAAUGCUGAAAUGAGGAAGGGCUAUGGUGGCAUUUCUUACAUGAUUGACACGAACACGUUUUGCCCUUCGACCAGCAGACGCGAGAUCACACGAGCCCACGAAGAGGUCGUGACAGGACAGUUCCGGAAACACGAGAAACCAGCCGUCAUGAGCUGGAAUGCUACCACCGCCAAGAUGAAGGUCGGAUUCAAGUCUAAAAUAAGGAAAGAGCAGGACCAAACUUCCGGCGAUAAAACCUGAACUUUUAUAGCGUUAAUUAGGAUAUAAUUUAUGAACGGAACAUUUAUAAUUAUCGUAUGCAAUAAAGAUUGUUGUUUUUACUAAA